UUUUAUUUUCCGCUGAGAUUGCAAGAUUAAGGCAAUAAAAGGUGAGAACAAGAGGUCAUAGGCAUCACUCUGAGCAAGCAGAUCACCCCUAAGGUCAGCCAUCUAACCAUCCAACGUUCCAGAAUCAUGGAAUCUGCCAUUAAUGUUCUGAUCUCCCAGUUCAAGACUUAUGCAGGGAAGGAUGGAUCUGCAAACACUCUGAGCAAAGAAGAGUUUCAAAGCUUGCUCACAUCCCAGCUACCAAACCUUGUAAAGAAUGCUUCUGACCCUGCUGUGAUCAACCAGCUCAUGAGCUCACUGGAUGCGAAUAAUGAUGGGGAGCUGACAUUCAUGGAAUUCUGGCAGCUGAUUGGAAAUCUGGCGAACAAGCACGGCGGUUUCUAGCCAAUGAAGAGCCGGGAUGACAUUUUAAAUGUCACUAGUCCACUUUGAGACAAUCGUGUCAAAUUUUACCAUGUUACUCUCUGAUGUAGUUAUUACACAGGCGGUGCCUGUGUUUUUAGUUAAUGAUUGUCCAAAGCAGGUGACACCAAAUUAAAUAAACUAUUGUGAUAUUC